AUGGACAAGAGGGAGAUGUAUGAGCCGGUUUGGAUGUUAGAGGGCAGAGAUUGUUCAGAGAGGAGACUAGUGAGGAACAGAGAGUGUCUGUGGCCUCAUCAACCAGGAGUGAGGAGAAUCUGUUAUGAGGAGGCAUGGAAGACCUCAUUAGAAAGCUGGGAUUGCUGCGGAAGGAGACCAUUUGUGGAGGAACUUCUGGAGCAGCGGCUCUACCACGAGCUCCUUCCGGAUGUCCGAGCUCCUCACCCUAUCUCUAAGGCUGAGCCCAACCACUCUGUGGAGGACACUCAUUUCAGCCACUUGUAUCUGCGAUGUUGUUCUUUUGGUCACGACCCAAAGCUCGUGACCAUAAGUGAGGGUUGGGAGUUUGGUUCCGGAGCCCUUGCUGUGCGUGGAGAUCUAGUCUACGCCACCAGGGGGCGGUACGCCAGGAUGCCCACUCCUGCCUAUCACCAGGUGUGCAUAGCACCCAACCUCAAUCUUCUGCCCUGUCGGUGUCAGCAGGAGUUCUUUAGAGGAAACCCCAGCAGCAGCAGCAGCAGCAGCAGUGUGCAGGUUCAAGAGCCGAGAGGCGUCCACUGGGACCAAACGGAGAACGAGAGUCGCAGUGGCAGGUUGAUGAUCAUGGCGCUGCUCAGGACAUGUGUGGCCUUUCUGCUUCACCUGGCCUCCUCUCUGGCGGCUCCGGUGCCGUGCGAGGACAGGGUGGUCCGGCUGGAGGCGGAGAUCCAGAACCUGAUGAGCGUGAUCAAUGAUCAGCACCGGUACAUCCAGGAGCUCCACAGCAGCCAGGCCCAGCAGCUGCAGCACAUCCCCAACUCUCACCUGGGCCUGGGAAACCUGUACAGAGACUGCUCCGAGGUGUUUGCAGACGGUAACGUGGCCAACGGGCUCUACGUGAUCCGUCCCGACGGAUCUCCAACGGCGCUCAGCGUCUACUGCGACAUGAACAACGGAGGAGGCUGGACCGUCUUCCAGCGCAGGAGAGACGGCAAAGAGAGCUUCGACAGAGCCUGGGUGGAGUACAAGCACGGCUUCGGAGAUCUGUUCUCCCCCGACGGAGAGUUCUGGUUGGGCAACGAGCCUCUACACCACCUCACCUCGCAAGGAAACUACGACCUUCGCAUCGACAUGGAGGACUUUGAGGGAAACCAGCGUUACGCAGAGUACAAGAACUUCAAAGUGGACAAUGAAAAGGACCAGUACCAGCUACAUUUGGGGGAGUACUCCGGGAACGCCGGCAACGCUCUGAGCGACGCCUACAUGGAGAAAUGGAACGGUCCCUGUUUGGUGCCCAACGGCGUCAAAUUCAGCACCUACGACCACUCGAACGCCGUCGACACCGAACCUGAACCCGACGACGUCCGGUGUGUCCGGCACAGCAAGUCGGGCUGGUGGUUCAGCAAGUGCGACUCGGGGAACCUGAACGGCCAUUACUACGACGGGCCGUACAAGGCGAUGACGGACGACGGCGUGGUGUGGUACACGUGGCACGGCUGGUCCUACUCCAUCAAAUCUGUGGUCAUGAUGCUGCGAGCCUCCGACCUGGAGGGCCAACCGCACCACAGCAAAGCGGCCGGCAGCACCGCCAAGCCUCCUCGCGGUCAGUAAGGUCCGAACACCGGAGCCGGAAAAGCUUCACACGCAGCGUCAUCGUGUCGUCCGUUUAUUUUAAACCUCACAAUAAAACCAGGGUGGCUUCAGUCUGAUGUCGUAUCGUAUUUAUUCUGUGUCCAACAUAAAACAGGACCCUGUACACUGAGGCAUUUUGGGUACAUCUGAGGUUUUUCAGGACAAACGACAGACAAACAAAGUGAGUUUCUGUCUUUUGGGUUGAGUAAAACAGGCUGCUGUCUGCCUGGAGGGCUGAGUUCUGUUGGGGCACAAAGGCUGAGGGGAGGUCUGUGUUCAUUAGUUAAUGAGGGCUUCAAGGGGGAAGUAAAGGGACAAGGCCAACACCCUCCUGUUAAAUAAACUGCAUAUUUGGCUCAGAGACGGUGUUUAGCAUCCAGGGGUGAUUACAUUCCACAGAGCAGAUUAAGGUAGAGGUUGUGAGGAGCUCACAGAGGAUCAGCGUUCAUGUCAGUGAUUCAGCUCCUCAGACGGACCAAGCGAGCGUCCGUCUGAGGCAGAUCGGUGAUUGAGCUUCGCUCUUUGGGAGGAACAAAAAAAUCUCUUUCAAAAGAAGGGAAAAGGCAAAAAAAA